AUGCCACUCGAGGAACCGAUCACAGACGACUACGUGGCCGAAGUCCUUAGGCGAGACGCACAACGCAAAGAUCAAAGUCGCUAUCUGUCAGCCGGGCUGGGCUCGCUGCUGGGCUCCUCGAGACCGCGAAGCAAUGCGCCAAAGCCGAACACAAGAUUCUUGAGGAAUAUAGUCAAAGAAGCCGACAGUCAUAAUGCUGCUGUUCGAAGGAAAGAGGAGGAGGAAUCGAAAGAGCGCCUGCGUGGAUUGAAGCGGGAUCGAAGUGGUCGAGCGAAGGAGCAGCCGGAUCUCGAAACCGGCCCUAAGCCACCGCCCAAAAUCAAGACCCGAGGACGAGGCGCAGAUAGCAGCUCCGCCAUGGACUCCCGUUUUGACCCAAACUACGACCCCAAAAUGGAUGUGGGCUUGGAACAGGACGAAGACGGCGAUGACUGGGAUAUGGCGCUGGAGGCUUUGCGAGAUCGUGCUAAAUGGAGGAAAUCUGGGCCAGAUCGCUUGCGCGCGGCGGGCUUCACAGAUGAUGAGGUGGCGAAUUGGGAGAAGGGUGGUAGUGGGAGAGAUGAUGGAGAGAAGGACAUCAGCGAUGUUAGGUGGAACAAGAAGGGUGAGGGGAGGGAGUGGGAUCGAGGGAAGACCAUGGAUGGAGGCAGAGUUGAUGUCAAGGCUGAGUGGGGCAGAUUGAAAGAUUGA